AGUACCGCAAGUGUUACAUUUCACUUCGGACCGACUAUCUCUGAAUAAGCCUACAGCAGGUCUUGCACACAGCCAUGAUGGACAUUUAACUUAAGUAAACUGAUGAUUACAUGAGGAGAGUGAUCCCAGCAUGUGAACAAUGGCCCAGUGUUGCUUCCAGGAUAACGUGCCUGAACAGCCGAGGCCAUGGGAACCAGGAGGGUUCUGGUGACGGGCUGCUCCUCUGGAAUUGGAUUAGCUGUCGCGGUGCGUCUGGCCAAGGAUGAUCUGAAGAGGUUCAAAGUUGUGGCUACCAUGAGGAACUUGGAGCGGAGACAGGCUCUGGAGAGGGCAGCUGGGGAGACGCUGGACCACACUCUGGAGAUCCGCCAGCUGGACGCUUGCAGUGAGGACUCCAUCAGAGAGUGUGUGAAUAGCCUGCCAGACAGACGGGUGGAUGUUCUGGUGAACAACGCAGGCGUGGGCAUGAUCGGUCCACUGGAGUGCCAGAGCGUCGGCGCCAUGCAGGAGCUCUUCAACACCAACUUCUUCGGCCUGGCGCGCCUGGUCAAGGAGGUGCUGCCGGACAUGAAGAGACGCCAGAGUGGACACAUCGUCGUCAUGAGCAGCGUCAUGGGCAUUCAGGGCCUGCUCUUCAAUGAUGUCUACUCCGCAUCAAAGUUCGCCGUAGAGGGCUUUUGUGAGAGCCUGGCUGUGCAAGCUAUGAAGUUUAACAUAAAGAUGACGUUAGUGGAGCCGGGUCCGGUUGUGACUGAGUUUGAGAGGAAGGUGUACGAGGAUGCUGCCGACAUGGACCUGUCCGGGACGGACGAGGAGACGGCCAAGAUUUUCAAACAGAUUUACCUGCCAUACUCACGCAAGGUGUUCACCUCGCUCGGACAGACCCCAGAGGAAGUGGCUGAGCAAACCUUUCAGCUGAUUGUGUCCAGAGACCCUCCCUUCCGCCACCAAACCAACCGGCUGUACAUGCCCCUGACGGCCAUGAAGCACGCUGACCCCACCGGACGGCUGCCCAUCGACACUUUCUACAAGUUGGUCUUCAAGCAUGACCGCGUGUUCAACGCAAGCCUGAGCCUGAUGAAGUUGAUGACCAAGAGGACGGGGAAGAGUGGAGGAUGAAGAGGCAUGACGCGGGACGACAGCGAGACGUCUGGUCUGAAAAGAGGAAUCAGCCUGGAGCAAACCCCUGUUCUCUUCAUGUCUCUUCAAGUAGUUUAUCUGUAGGUAGAUUUGUCCCAACAUACGUGUCACACCAAUCACUGACUGGACAGCCUACACAAAACUGUGAUUGUUAUUGACGGGUUCAUUGAAGAGGGAUUAUCAGUAAUGGUGCGGUCACAGUUGAUGGACUGACAACAUUACAGAUUCAUGAGUGA